AGAAAACGCACUCCACUUUCAAAACACAACUUGAACAAUGGCUCUUCCCCGUGUCUUCUUCGACAUCACCAUCGGCGGCGCUGCUGCUGGCCGUGUCAUCUUCGAGCUUCGCUCGGAUGUCGUCCCCAAGACUGCUGAGAACUUCCGCGCUCUCUGCACUGGCGAGAAGGGCUUUGGCUUCAAGAACUCUGGCUUCCACCGCAUCAUCCCCGACUUCAUGUGCCAGGGUGGCGACUUCACUGCCGGAAACGGCACUGGUGGCAAGUCCAUCUACGGCAACAAGUUCGCUGACGAGAACUUCACCCUCAAGCACACCGGCCCCGGCAUCCUCUCGAUGGCCAACGCCGGCCCCAACACCAACGGCUCGCAGUUCUUCAUCUGCACCUCCAAGACCACUUGGCUCGAUGGCAAGCACGUCGUCUUCGGCUCGGUCGUCGAGGGCCUCGACAUUGUCCGCAAGAUGGAAGCCCAGGGCUCCCAGUCCGGCACCACCAAGGCCAAGGUUGUCAUUGCUGACUGCGGCCAGCUCUAAAUGCUUUCUGCAAGGUUGACAGCUGCGACUCCAGCUGAAACUUGGAUGGAGAUGAUUUGUUCGAGUUGACGUUGUUGCCGUGUGGGCUGGUGUUGGCAUUGUGUUGAGUGUUCAUUGUUGCUUUUUGUGAAUACUUUGAUUACAGUGUUAGACGGCCU